AUGACAAAGGACAAAGUUAUUGAAAUCUCGGACAGUGAGACUGAAAGCAGCACUGGCAGCACCGCCAGCACCACCAGCAACGCCAUCAGACCCUCAAAACAUUUCAAUCAAACAAUAACUAACCCAACCUAUAAGCGUCGUUCCUCCCCACCAUCACCGCCGCCAACACGACAAAAAAAACCUACAAAGACCCUUGCAAGGGUGCUUCCUCCACCAUCUCCACCAAAGCCUUUCAGAGCCGUUGCAACUGUGAUUCCCUCGCCACCACCUUCAAACGCUAACAUAAUGCUGCCGAUCCCACCACGAUCAACAGCGUUGCAGAUCCACAGGAACUCUGGUGGAAGUGGGUCCCACCAACAUCACCGUCACCAUCCUUAUCUGAGGCAGAUCGAUCACCCCGCACAGAGAACCGUGGAUUUUCUGUCACCACUGGAGGCAAACCUUUCCGCACCGGUUCAAGUUCCGAGGGAAAACCCUCCGAGCAAUGAAAGGCUCGUGGAAUGGGCAUCCUCGCUUACCCUUGGAAAUGGAAGAAGGGUGCCUGUGGAGUUGAAACUGAAACUUAACUGA